GGUUGGCGCUGCGGGAAAGAGCAGGGUCACGAAGUUCCCGGGUUACAGGCUCCCUCUAUCCACGCACGCGGAGUUUCUCUUCUCUUGGCUCAGAGGGCGGUGGAGCGGGAGCCAAUCAGAGACAAAGAGGCGGGCUGUACGAACGCUCCGAUCAUUGGGGCCAAAGUAGGCGGGUUCUUCCGGUGUCGUGGCGGGAAAGUGUGUGUCCUGAGCGCGCUGCUGAGAGUCCUCCAACUUGCCAGGCCGCCUUCUGCGACUUCCACGGGCUGCACGCUGCGUGGGAAGGACUCUAGAGACCCGCCAUGGAGGCAGUGACCUUUGGGGAUGUUGCUGUGAACUUCACCAUGGAGGAGUGGACUUUGCUUACUCCAUCCCAGAAGAAGCUCUACAGACAUGUGAUGAGGGAAACUUUUAGGAACAUGGCUGCUAUAGGAGGAGUCUUGGAUAACCAGGAAGUUGAAGAAGAGUACAAAAAUUACUGGAGAAAUCUAAGCAAUGAAGAGGUUGAGAAAUGCUAUCAAAAUAAAGGCUGGAAUCAAUAUGAAGAAAUAUUCCUUUGGACUCCAGAUGCUAAUGUGGACAUGAAACAAGCUGGUUUAAAACUAGCUGAAGGCCUUGCUUGUGGAAAGCCCCUGAUUGAGCCCUUGUCACAAAAUGUGCCCAACAUAGCUCACACUGAACUGCAGACAUCUGAGUACUUGGGAUCAGAAGAGAAGCUGUAUAAGUGUGAUGAACAUGUAAGGUCCUGCAGUGAGUCCCAGUCUUUUCAGAAGGAUGCAAGGAUAAACACUGGAGAAGAACCCCAAUGUGGGAAAUCUUACACUAAUCUUAUUGAAAGAUCUCAACUUAGAGAGAAGACCUUUGUAUGCAAGGAUAACUUGAAAGCCUUCAGCACACCCAAUGAUGUUCCGAGCAAUGAAAGAAUUCACACUGAGGAGAAACCCUAUGUAUGUAAGCAAUGUGGGAAAGCUUUCACCAGGCACAGUGAAUGUAAAAUACAUGAAAGAAUUCACAAUGGGGGGAAACCCUAUAUAUGUAAGCAGUGUGGGGAAGCUUUCAGCAGGCACAGACAAUGUAAAAUACAUGAAAGAAUUCACAAUGUAGGGAAACCCUAUGUAUGUAAGCAAUGUGGGAAAGCUUUUACGAGGCACAGUGGAUGUAAUAUGCAUGAAAGAACUCACACUGGGGAGAAACCCUAUGUGUGUAAGCAUUGUGGAAAAGCUUUUACUACACAACGUUACUGUAAAAUACAUCAAACACUUCACACUGGGGAGAAACCCUAUGUGUGUGAGCAAUGUGGGAAAGCUUUUAGUGCACAAUGUUACUAUAAAACACAUAAAAGAACUCACACUGGGGAGAAACCAUAUGUGUGUAAGCACUGUGGAAAAGCUUUUCGUGUACAAGGUCAUUGUGAGAUACAUGAAAGAAUUCACAGUGGGGAGAAACCCUAUUUGUGUAAGCAAUGUGGGAAAGCUUUUAGUACACAACGUUACUGUAAGAAACAUGAAAGAACUCACAAUGGGGAGAAGCCAUACGUGUGUGAGCACUGUGGAAAAGCUUUUCGUGUACAAGGUCAUUGUAAAAUACAUGAAAGAAUUCACAGUGGGGAGAAACCCUAUUUAUGUAAGCAAUGUGGGAAAGGUUUCAGUACACAACAUUAUUGUAAAAGACAUGAAAGAACUCACACUGGGGAGAAACCCUAUGUAUGUAAGCAAUGUGGGAAAGCUUUCCGUACACAAAGUUAUUAUACUGUACAUGAAAAAACUCACACUGGGGAGAAACCCUAUGUAUGUAAGCUGUGUGGAAAAUCUUUUCAUACACAAGGUCGUUGUAAAAGACAUGAAAGAACGCACACUGGGGAGAAACCCUACAUAUGUAAACAAUGUGGGAAAGGUUUCAGUUCACAAAGUUAUUAUAAUAUACAUGAAAGAACUCACACUGGGGAGAAACCCUAUGUAUGUAAGCUAUGUGGGAAAGCUUUUCGUACACAAGGUCACUGUAAAACACAUGAAAGAACUCACACUGGAGAGAAACCGUAUGUAUGUAAGCAAUGUGGGAAAGCUUUUAGUACACAAAACUAUUGUACUGUACAUGAAAGAACUCACACAGGGGAGAAGCCCUACGUAUGUAAACAAUGCGGGAAAGCUUUUACUGCACAGUAUUACUGUAAAAUGCAUGAAAGAACUCACACUAGGGAGAGAUAUGUAUGUAGACAAUGUGGGAAAGCUUUUAGUAGACAAAAUAAUUGUAAAAUACAUGAAAGAACUCACACUGGAGAUGAAACUUUAAGCGAUGUGGGAAAGUUUUUGGCAAAGUUUGUUAUUGUCAAAGACAUGAAAGAACUCACACUUCACAUUAAUUCUAUCUUAUAAAUCAGUGUGGGAAAGCUUUGAGCAUGCCUAGAGCUUGUGAAAGACAGAAGAACUCAGUGGGAAGAGACUUUAUGUAGAAAUUACACAGAUCUAUUGUCAAAUAAAUGAACGAAAUCUCAGUGGAGUGAAACUAUAUAUAUAAGCCUAUUUUGAAAGUCCUGUGAAAAUUUCUCAUGUAACUGAGAAUUGUGGGGAUCAUAAAUAUAAAAAGCUUGAUGUCAGUAUUUCUUCAUAAAAUCUCCAGAAAAUACCAUCCCAGAUAAAAUUUUCCUAAAGUACACGUAUUAUGUGUGUUUUUCAGAAAUCACUUAAAUAAAUAUCUGUAUUAUGUGUCUGUAGUAUUUAAUAUAAAAAUGAGUUGAUAUAACUAGGUAUAUUUAUGUAAAUGUCUUUGCACUUAAUACAUAGUGUCAAUUAAGCAUGGUGAAUUGAAAUUAUUUUUUCACUUUCAGGUAGAGUUAGUAUUUAUGUAAUUUUUGUUUAGUCUUUACUAUUGGGAAGUAUAGACCACUAAAAAACUUAAUUUUGUUAAUUGCUUUUUGUUAAUUGUUGGGAUUUUGCCACUACCUCUGUUUUAAAUUUUUGGUGAGUUUACUCUAUGUGAGGGGAUAUUUUUCAUUUGGUGCCAUAUUUUAUAUUAAGGUACUUUUAGAGACUUGUGAACAUGCAUUUUUGACAAAGUUGAUUUGUUUCUGUACAGCUUGUAGAUUACCACAUUAUGUUUCUCAUAUAACAAGACACCUGCUUGUUGUAUAGUAUUUCAUGUACAUAAUUUUACCUAUUUUUCUCGCAUAUCAGGGCCAAUAUUAUUUACAUAAGAUUUUGUUUUCUUACCAUCAAAA